AGUAUCGCGUCUCUUUUCAAUCGCUUGAGUCAUUUGCGCCGACGCGGUGUUAUUUUAAUUUUUAAUUUCUAAAUAGAAGAAAUAAAUUAUCAUAUGUUUAAUUGUUAGAUAACUAUCUGAAAAGCAUAUCAUUUCAAAAGUGUUUGAUUAAAUAUAAAAUUUUGAUAACCCAAAUAAAUUAAAAGUGAAGUGUAUUACAGUUUGCAAGACUUCAUCCGAUGUUGAAAACUCUUGAAAAUAUUGUCAUCGUCAAAGAGGAAAAACAGCGUUAACAAAUGUAACAAAAAAAACUUCUCACUACAGGCUGUCAUCAAAGUAAGGAGAGAGACAUAGAAGAAGUGAAACUGCAUUAACAAGCAUCAGCUGGGGUCAAUUGGAUUAGAAAACAUCGCUUUAUGGGGAAAUGUGCGUCUAAAGAUCAGCAUCUGGAAAUCAGGGAAAUUGACGAACGUUCAUACAUCGCUAUAGUUGAUGACUUUGACUAUUAUGGCUAUGAAUAUGAGGGUCAAUCAGAAAGUAAGAAAUCAUCAAAAAAGAUGUCAGGUCCUGAGACCAAAGGCACUUCAAUAUCGUUUGGAUUUAAAAAGAAAAAUUAUUCAUCAUCGGCAUCUAAUAAAAAGUUCAACGCUGCAAACAAUAAUAACGGAAAUGAUGGAACUAAAAGCGAAAAGAAAACGGCAACGAUUAUUUCAAACCAUAAUGUCAUUAAAGCAGAGCAAAACCAUCUCAUAAUUACGAGCGAUGAUAAUGGCAACAACAAUAACCCAGCUGAAACUAACAAUAGCGAUAAAGAAACAACAGGUCGCACAACACCACGACUGCAGCCACCAAAAAGAGAUCAAACACAAACGUCAAAUGCACGAGGUAAUCGAUUCGGUUUCCGUCAAAAUGUUGUUCGUCCAGCAGCUGCAGGUAUCACACCGAAAUUCAAUGAAUACGAUAAAUUAAACAACAACAGCGACAAUGGUGGUAAUGUCUGUCUCGACAAUGAUAAACGUCGCUCAAAAAGCGCAACAGCUUCAUCACGUUCAACUGUCACGUUUGCUCAAUCACCAAUAAAAUCAUCUUCCGAAGAAAGACCACAACAAGGAAAUAACAACACAAAUAAAACGCGCCCACAAGCAGUUGUACUGUCACGUUAUACGCUUCAUUCAACAAGUUUGCCACGUCCACAAUAUCCAAUUCCCGUGAGCGUCUCAACAACAACUGCACCGAGUUAUAAACGAAGUACAACAUUUACAUCAUUCUCUUCAAAUGGAAGUGGUAGCAGCAGCAGUUACACUCAAAACAGAGUUGUUGAUACGAAAGGAGCUAAACAUGCUGCAAAUAUCUCGAAACGUGGUGGCAUUAUGGGACGGCGAGAUGAGUCACUUGAUUCUGGCAUUGCUAGCCACGAUAGCAAUUCAGAACGUCAACAACUUUACAUGGAUUCAAUGCUCUCACAACGUCCACGACAAAGGUCGCGUCAUUUUGAGAUGGUGCCGACAGGACGACAUAAAUUUGAAAUACGUGACUUAAGUGAUUAUUCAGAUGGCUCGAUAAUUGUUCCACUGUCACUUCCAAAACUACCCACAAAUCGAAAUGAAAUUGUCACUGGAGGAUUGAUCAGAAGUUACACAACUGACAAUGACACUGACAUGUCGGUAAGUGUGGAAAGCAACACCCGACCUACAUCAAUCAUUUCAACUUCUGAAGCUGAAAGCUUUGAAGAAGAGAAAUCCAGAAUCGACAACAGCUUUUCGGAGAAAAGUUUCAAAGGAGAUCUUUUCAGUAAAAAUUCAUCUCGUGCUAGUUCAAAAGCAUCGUGGUUUGGUAACAUCAAUGAAUCGAUGGCGUCGAAGAACUGCAGCAGUUUAAGUGUCAGCAGCAGUGAUGAGAAUGUUAAAAAGAUUUCACAAAAGAAAGACAUUGAUUGUGAUGAUGAUGAAUUAAGUUCAAUGACCAUCACUGCUGAUUUUUCGAGUCAAUUGAAUUCAUCAAAAAUGAAAACUUCUCCAUCGAAGGAUCAGAAAGAGAUUGUCAAUGAUGCUUUCAUGCAACAGCAACCUAAGAUUGGAAGUAUAAGUCGCAAGGAAUUGUUACUUGAAGUCGAUGAUGUCAAGUUUGCUGCAACAGUUGAUAAAGUUAAAGAUUCUGUUCUUCUUGAUGAUGAAACGUCGCCAACUGACAGUCUUGUGAGCAGCUCAGAAUCAGGUGAUGUUCUAAUGAAGAAGAUUGAAAGACCGUCAGACAUCGGCGCAUUAUUUAAGACAAAAUUUGAUGAUAUAAAAGAACAAGACCUUGAAGAUGUUACACCGGAAUUAAUCUCACCCCUCACACCUGGCUCGCCUGCUCAUGGAUCGAAUUCACUCAGUUUGUCUGAUGGAGUGCGCGAUGAUUUUCUGAUUGACGAUGAAAUUGCUGAUCAACCAAACUUAGUGAUGAAUGAUAAAAAGAGAAAUGGUUCAGCAUCACAUAAUGAUGAUUAUAAAACAGCUUCAAUGAAUCUCACAUCUGACACUGGAACUCUAAAAGACAUUUCAUUACACUCAAAUGGUUCCAUCAGAUCAGCAAACAAACCAAGUUUUAUUAAAAUUAAAUCAUCGCCUGCUGUUAAUCGGAAAGGAUUAGGAAUGGAAAAUUCUGGAUCGUUGGAUACUUUGUCACCUUGUGAUUCGAUUACAUCUGACGAUUUAAUGGCAGAUUUUGACGUCAAUAGCAGCCUUGACUCAAUCGAUCGUCAUGGCUUUUCACACGAUGAUUUGCAUGUUCUAUCUGAUUUUGAGAACCGAAAUACAACAAGAAAUGCCAACGAUUUUGAUGCAAUAACAAAAAUUCAACAAACAGUUGUUCGUCGUCAUAGCAGUCGCGAAAGCAUAACACGUGCAUUCGUGUUAAUAACGAAAGAGUCGGGAAAGAAAGAAAGCAAACAAAAAAAGUUCAUUGUUGUUGAUCUAUCUGCACACUCGGUUUGGUUGCGUUACCAUGAAAAAAAAGAAGAAAAAAAUUGUUAUGGGAAAAUGAGUAAUUCAUGUGCAGGGAAGAACAAAAGUCAACUUUCGCCAUUUCUUGACGCUCGUCGUUUGAAAACAGAUCUCCACACUUCGGAAAAUGUUUUCCUACAAUCCGACUCGCGAUCUCGUUCCAGCUCGCCAAUCUUACCGCAAAAAUUGGCAAAAAAUUGUGAAACUUCUAAAACAACCGGCAACAGCGCAAUUCGAUCUCAACUACCAGCUAGAGCCACCCGGUUGUUAAACCGACGGUUACAGAGCUCCAAUAACUCACCUUUAAGCCAUGGAUCUGAAAGCCCACGUUCCCUUGACAGCAUGCAUAGUCGCAAUACUCCAGUUAAGACAUCGCUUAGAGAACAUCUCAAGCAACGACAGCAAAUGAGUCUACAAUCCCAAAUGUACAAUUCUUCAUCCGAAGAUGUUUUUGUUGACAAGCAACUCAGAAAUUCAAUGUUGCAAGAUGUCACAUGUUUCAAGAAGCAACUUGUACACUUAAGGAGAAUCCUCCAAGAGGACGAAGAUAAUUUGAUGAGGUCGGAUACUCUCAACCCAUUUGAAGUGAAUGGGCAAAUCUUCAACGGCAAUAACUGUGAAAACGUGGAUGAUGAUUCAAAAGGAAAAGAGAAAAAGGAUGAUCAAAACAAUGUGGUGCUUUCAAAUGAACAAAUGGCUUUGCUACAGGAUCAACGUCAAGAGUUAGCUGAUCUGAGACGUCAAGUUGUCUUCUUACAAAGUCAAAUGGAUGAUAAAGAUCGAACGAUUAGAAUUCAGCAGAACAAGCUCGAAGAAUAUGAGAAAGAGAAGAGCAAAGAUGCAAAUUUAAUGACAGAAGGAGUGAACGUAAUUGAAACAGCAACAUGCGCUACACAAACUGAAAGACUGCGUCCAAUUUCGAUGGGUCAAGAAAGUCUCACAAGGUCCUCAGAACACCUUAAAGAUCCACCAACAACUAAUGGCGUGAAAAGCAAACAAAUUCCAAUCACAACCGUCAAACCGCCGAUGACAAAAAGUAAAACGCAAAUCUCAUCGAUUUACACAAAACUCUCAUCAAUCAAACCUUCGAGCACGAGUUUGACGUCAAAUGCCAACAGUAAAAAUUUAUCUUCCGCUUCAAACUUUUCAAAUCCAAAACCUGUGAAAACAACACAAAUUGGGAAUUUGCAGGGAUUGUCGGUGAAAACCUUAAAUGUGGUAAACACAGCACGUUCACCGAUAAAAUCACCGAAAAGAAUUCCACAACUUGUGAAGCCAAACAUCACAAAUGGCGCAAGUAAGAUUUCGUCAAAACCAUUCAUAAAUUUCAAAACUAAGCCAUCUGAUUCCAAUGGAAAUUCUGCAACAUCAUCACUCAGUACCAGUAGUAGUAACUCAAGCUUGAAUAACACAAACGGCGAUAACAUCAGCAAAGUGAAAAGUUUUAUAUGAAAAGAUGAUAUUCAAGUGUUUAAAAGUAUUAAAUAAUCAUUAAGAUGCAAAUGGGCUACAAAUAAAUUUAAAUUUUCUUUUGAUUCCUUGAAAUUUUUGAUAGAAAAAAAUCUUUAAAAGACAGUUGUAGCUCAAUUAAAAAUUAAUUUUAUUUUAUUAGUUCCUCUAAUUAUUCACAUUGAUACUUAAAUUUGAAGUUUAUAUAAUCUUAAAAUUUUUUAUUUUAUUUAUAACUUAUAAGUUUAACAGCAUAAGUGCCCACCUGUUUUUACUUUGUUUUGUUUUAAAAGCCAGGAAAGUAAAGUGAACCUUUGAGAUGUUUAAUCAAUUAAUUUUUAAAGCGAAAAUGAGAGAAAUCAUAGUGAUGUCUGAAUUACAGAAGAGUUUAGUUUUCCAAUAAAAUUGAAAAAUAAAUUUACGCUUUCAAUUCCUCAUCAAAGUGCAAAGUCAAAUUGAUUGAUUUGAAAUUAAGAAAAUUUUGUUUUAAAGAUUCGCAAAAUGACUUUGAGCUUUAGAAAUUUGAAAGAUUAGAGAAAAACAAAAAAUAUUUAUUGAAGUAUAAAAGCUUAUAUUUAAUCUAAUAAAAUUAAGGAAAUCUUUUCAGUAUAAAAGUUUAAAGUUGAAUGGAAAUUUUACAAAAUUAUUAUCCGUCUCUGAUCCAGUAAAGUUUCUUUGAAAGGCCAGCUUGUUUUAAAGGAAACUAAAUUAAAUAAAUUUACUAAAUAAAAAGAAAUCUUUUUUUUGGAAAUUGAAUUUCCCUAUGAAAAUCUAAAAUUUGUGUUUUCAUCUCAAUCAAAGUCUGCCAACUUCCAUCUCAACAAGAGAAACUCCAUCAUUGAAUUUCAUUUUAAUGUCGGGAUCGACAAGUGGAAAAUCUUUAAUACAUUUCAUUUCAGUUGUGACAACACAUGAUGGGAAUGGAGGGUUGAAGUUGAAUUUAUCGAGUUCUAUGUCGUUGACUCUAGUCC